UUUAAUCCCACCCAAACCCUAGAGAGAGAAACUACUCUCCAUCACGUUUUAGUCAGAGAAACUCGAACGAUCCAUCACACAUUUUACUUCAUCUAGAGAGAGAAACUGUACUUCUUGAUCUUCUUCUCUCAGUUAAGCGCCAUGGAUUCUCAGGUCUAUGGUGCAUUAAAUCUCAUAUUCUUCUUUCUGGUUUUUCCGGCAGCCAUUAAUGUAAACGCAUUGCCGUCACAGAAUUCCAAAUCAAACUCGACACAGAUCAAUUCCAACUCCGUUCUGGUAGCUCUUCUCGAUUCGCACUACACAGAGCUGUCGGAGCUCGUCGAGAAAGCCCUUCUUCUACAGACGCUUGAGCAAGCGGUUUCUAAUCAUAAUAUCACCAUUUUUGCACCAAACAAUGAAGCUCUUGAGAGACAAAUGGAUCCUGAGUUCAAACGGUUCUUACUUGAGCCACGGAAUUUGAAGUCUCUGCAGAAUCUAUUGCUUUACCAUAUCAUUCCAUCUCGGGUCGGGUCAAAUGAAUGGCCCGGAAAAGAUGUUGCUCAUCAUAAAACACUUUGUGUUGAUGAAUCAGACAACCAUUUGCCGCUGACCCGUGGAAAUUCCGGCGAGAAAAUGGUCGGUGGUUUAGCUAGAGUUGUUCGACCCGACGAUGUCAUCCGACCCGACGGAUUGAUCCAUGGGAUUGAGAGAUUGUUGGUGCCUCGAUCAGUACAAGAAAACUUCAAUCGGAGAAGAAGCUUGAGUUCUAUUUCCGCUGUUUUACCCGAAGGAGCUCCGGUUGUAGAUCCGAGAACCCACCGCUUGAAAAAACCGGCUAGUCCUUCUCCCGCCGGUGCUCCACCGGCACUUCCGGUAUACGACGCAAUGGCUCCAGGUCCAUCUCUUGCUCCGGCACCAGCCCCAGGUCCCGGCGGUGCCCGCCGCCACUUCGAUGGCGAGAGCCAGGUGAAAGAUUUCAUCCAAACCCUCCUCCAUUACGGCGGAUACAACGAAUUAGCAGACAUUUUGGUGAAUCUAACGUCGUUAGCGACGGAGAUGGGGAAAUUAGUGUCGGAGGGCUAUGUUUUAACGGUCUUAGCGCCGAACGACGAAGCCAUGGCUAAGCUGACCACCGACCAGCUCAGUGACCCUGGUGCGCCGGAGCAGAUAAUGUACUACCAUUUGAUACCGGAAUAUCAGACAGAAGAAAGUAUGUAUAACUCAGUACGGCGGUUCGGGAAGGUCCGUUAUGAUACUCUCCGGCUGCCGCAUAAGAUGGUGGCGGAGGAGGCCGAUGGGUCGGUGAAGUUUGGUCAAGGAGAGGAAUCAGCAUAUUUGUUUGACCCGGACAUUUAUACCGACGGGAGGAUAUCGGUGCAAGGUAUUGAUGGUGUUCUUUUUCCGGUAGAGGACACAGCGGAGGCUCCAUCUAGCAAGGCUGCACCGACGACGGCGCGUAAGCUUGUCUCAAAGCAAAGGAGAGGGAAAUUAAUGGAAAUGGGAUGUAAAAUAGCUGGAGCACUUGGACAUAGUUGUUGAUGUCUUAUUUUUAUUUUCGUGAAAAUUACACAAAGACAAAAAGGGGGAAAAAGAAAUCAAAUACAGAGAUGCAGCAAAAGUUUUUAAUAGGAAGAUUCUGUCCAAAUACCACAGAUAAAAGGGACAUGGACGGUGAAGAUUGCAUUUCCCCAAACAUGAACAAAGUUUGCUUUUUUUUUUUUCUUUUUUUUAAAAUUAUAUUACUAUAAAUACUGUAAUUACCAUAAAUGAUUUUUUGUUGUAUUUAUUUAUUUGUUUUGCAUAAAUAUACCAUCUUUCCUCGUGAGGUGUAUUUUGAAAAUAAUUAUCUGAUAAUGAAUAAUCAUAAUCAGAUAAUUAGUUGUAAUAAAACAUAAUCAGAUUAUUAGUAGUAAUCGAUAUAUUUAUUUGUUUGCGUUA